AUGCUUGGAAAGAUCAUCUUCUACGAGGACAAAAACUUCCAGGGUCGGUCCUAUGAGACCAGCAGCGACUGCCCUGAUAUGUCCUCCUACCUGAGCAGGUGCCACUCCUGCAGGGUGGAGAGCGGCUGCUUCAUGGUCUAUGACCACACCAACUUCAUGGGUCAGCAGUAUUUCCUAAGGAAAGGAGACUACUCUGACUACCAGAACAUGAUGGGCUUCAAUGACUGCAUCAGGUCCUGCCGUCUUAUCCCCAUGCAUAGGGGAACCUUCAGAGUCAAGAUCUAUGAGAAGGAGAACUUUGGAGGCCAGAUGCACGAGCUGAUGGAUGACUGCGAGUCCAUCCAGGAUCGCUACAAUAUGUCUGAUUGCAAGUCUUGCCAUGUGAUGGAGGGGCACUGGCUGAUUUAUGAGCUGCCCCACUACAGAGGCAGGAUGAUGUACAUAAGACCUGGAGAGUACAGGAACCUCGACGAGAUGGGACACAGUGCAAUGAGAUUCAAUUCCAUGAAAAGGAUCACUGACUCCUGCUAA